UGACAUCGUUACGUCGUCGCAUUAAAAAGGUGUCAUGGCGGACAAUACUCGCGAUAAAGAGAAGUCGCUGUUAAGAAACAGCAGGAUUGCAAACGGCGAAAUGCCGAAAACACAGAUUCACAAAUCUUGUUCUAAGGGCAAACAGGACACCUCCGUUGCGGUCACCACGACGGAAUACUGCGAGAAAUUACAGGAAUGGAUGUGGCAGUACUACUACAGCUAUAUGAACUGGCAAAGCUGGAUAGCCAUGUCUGCGUUUUCCUUCCCACCGUGUUUCCCGACACAAGGAUCAAAUGAAACCUCCGGAACGACUACGUGGGCUUAUGAUAUGUCAAACGGAGACCUUCGCCACUGGUUAAGCAAUCCGUUUGCCUUUCCAUUACCAACCCUACCCGUUGCAGGUAACGGAGCAGCUCCGGGUGGAAGCGCGAGCGGACAGAGCUUUCGUGCGCAUGCAACAACACCUGCGCCUCUGCCACAACAACAGCAGCAGAAUGGAAAUGCUCAACAGCCAGGAAGAGAAUAUUAUAUCCCAUCACCUCUGCAACGCUUCUUGGCGGAGAUGGUGGAUUUCUUUAUUCUUUUCUUUAUUAAAGCCACAAUUAUCCUUAGUAUUGUCCACUUUAGUGGAAUGAAGGACAUUUCAAAGUUUGCCAUGCACUUCAUUGUAGAGGAGAUAGAUGAAGACACAUCGAUGGAGGAGCUACAGAAGAUGAUGCUUGUGGCUCUGGUGUACAGAAUAUUAGUUUGCAUUUAUGAGAUAAUAUGUAUAUGGGGAGCUGGUGGGGCCACACCAGGGAAGUUCCUCGUUGGCUUACGAGUGGUCACUUGUGACAGCUCUGUCCUGGUGCAACCCAACAGAGUCCUUGUUGUACCGGCAACUAACGUCACUCUUUCUGCGUCAACGGUGAGAGCCUUAAACAAGAACUUCUCCAUCGCAUUCUUCUUUCCAGCGUUCAUCACACUUCUUUUCUUUCAGCACAACAGGACUGUAUAUGACAUAGUGGCCGGGACCAUUGUGGUCAAGAGAAACAGGCUUAGAUGACUUUGUCAUGAACUCAACAUUGUAAAUAAGCAUAGAGCAAAAAUGGGGAGAACCUAAGUGACACAUACUGAACUGAACAAAAGCUAUUUAGCCUUUUGGAGAUCUGUCACUUUAAACACAUGGACACAGUCAUUCCAGUAUUUCUCACUCCAUUUCUUCUUGACAUUAUUUCUGUUCAAAGAAUUUUGCAUAUUUUCCUCAUGCCAAAGUUAAUUAAUUUAUAAAUGAGCUGCCUCACAAUAACACCAACUUCUGGUACACUCAUGUCACCGGUGUGUGUGGACACAGUAUUGAUUGAAAUUAGUUAGAAUAUUGUUUGUGUGUCUUCAGAAAAAGAAUGACCUAUUUAAUAUUCAUAUUUAGUUCGGUUAUAUAUUAUAAUCUGCUGACUGCGUUUGAAUUUCAUAUUAAUAUUUUGAACAUAAAAAUGUAUAAAUAUUUUAUGGCCCUUAGAAGCUUAAAUAACUAACAAAAUACAUUUUUAAGUGUUUUAAUUUUCACUGCAUGCCUUCUUCAGCUCUGUUUAAUGCGUUGUCCUGAGCUGUUGAGUUUCAGUUCUACAUUUGCCUUCUUUCAUUUUUAUCGUAGGUUUAUUUUAACUGAUAGAAACCGAAUAUCAACCAAAAAUCAGGGGGAAAAAUUAUACAGAGGUUAUAAAUUGAUUUGCAUUUCCGUCAGUGAAAUAAGUAUUUGGUCCCCUAACAACCAGCAAGAAUUCUGGCUCCAAAGUUUGGUUAUGUGCCUAUAUGGAUCGCAGAUUAGUCCUGUCAAUUUAAGAAAGAACUCCUAAAUCAACUUGUUAUGUGUAUAAAAGAUGCCUCACAACAAAAUCUGUAUCUUCCAUUUCAAGCUCUCCACCACCACAGUCAAGAGCAAAUAGGUUUCAAAGGAUGUCAGGGACAAGAUUGUUGACCUGCACAAACCUUGAAUAGGCUACAGAUAGAAGCUUGGUAAGGAGACAUCUAUUGGUGCGAUUAUUUUGAAGUAGAAAAAAUACUUAAUACCUCAAUUGCCCUUGGUCUGAAAGGUUAAAAUUCCACCCAAAACUACACGGAAGAAGCUUGUUAAUCAUUUCAAGACUGUUGGGACCACAGUUAACAAGCAGACCAUUGGAAACACGCUAUGCCACAAUAGAUUGAAAUCCUGAAGCACCCGCAAGGUCCUCCUACCCAAGAGGGCCCGCCUGGCUCUUCUGAGCUCUGACAAUGAACAACAAGAUGUUUCAGAAAAGAUUUGGAGAAAGGGCUGUGAGACCUAUAGUGAAAGACCAAAACAUUGACUUUUUUUGGAGGGAGAGAAAUGCUGACUAUGACCCCAAGAAUUCCAUCCCUACAGAGAAGCACAGUUUUGGAAACAUUAUGCUUUAGGGCACAGGAUGACUUCACCGCAUUCAGGGCUGAGGGACGGGCAAGUGUACCUUAAAAACUUGAACGAGAACCUUAUCCCCUUAACUAGAUCACUAAAGAUGGGUCGUGAAUGUGCCUAUAACAUGACAAAGACCCAAAACAUGUUGCCAAGACAACCAAAGAGUGGCUUAAGGAGAACCAACCAUCAGAAAGGUGUUGCCUCUGUGAGUGCCAACAAGAGUUUCUCCACCAAGUACAAAGUUAUGUUUUGCUCCGGGAUCAAAAAACGUAUUUCACUGACUGAAAUGCAAAUCAAUUUAUAACCUUUAUAUAUAUUUUUUUUUGUGAUAUUCUGUCUUUAAUCACCAGGCGAUCAAAUAAUUAUUUGCCUCACUAUAUGCUGUUUCUUUGGAUUGCUUAGAUAUGGCCAAAUCAGAAAAAUGCAGUUAUGCCCCAGAGAAGUCAGCUCAUUUUAUUUAAAAAGUUUGUUUUGCAAUGAACAUUGCAGUAUUUUGGCAGUACUUGUAUCUUAUUUCCAUAAAGUCCUCUUUAUGCAAUGAAUUCAAAGUAGUCUUAAAGGUAUAUUUCACCAAAAACUGAAAAUCUUUUCAUAAUUUCUUCACAACAGACAUUUAGACUUUUAUUUUAUGAACACAAAGCCGCUGACACAUUACUCAAAAUAUCUGUUUUUCAUCAUUAACACACAUUUUUCAAUUUUGGGUGAACAGUCCCUUAGAGAAAAUCAUUCUGUGUUGAAUAUGGAGCAACUUAUUUAUAGAUUUAACAGUUAAUAAAUAACACUGUCUUAACUGAUAUUACAUCUACCACACAGGGAUGGACAGAAUCCAUCCAUUACAAUCCAUCUAACCAUAUUAGUAACAUAUGCUAUUUUUUCCCAGAAAUUCACAUGAAUCACCAGUAGAUGGAGCAAGAACACCGCAGUUUACGAUGUGCAUACUUGAUGCUAGGUUUUAAAAUUUGGGAAUUUAAUCCUUUCAUCAUUUAUUUAGUCUUGUCAUUCCAAACCUGGCUUUCUUCCGCAGAACCCAAAAAGAAGAUAUUUUUGAGAAUGUUGAUAACCAAACAACAUUGGACCCUGUUUAUUUAUAAUGUAUGGAAACAAAACAAUCUUUCUCAAAAUAUCCUCUUUGUAUCCCACGGAAGUGGUGGAUGAAUAAUCUGGGUGGAUUUUCCCUAUGAAUCUGAAAAUACUUGCAUGUACCUGUUUUAGAAUAUGGGCUUUUGUACUGCAUCCCUUCCGAUAAAGAAAAUUACAACUAAAAAUGUAAAUUCUAAAACUAAAAUGACCGUUUUAUUAGAAUAUUUCAGAACAGUUUUAGAAUAAUUGGGUUUGUUCAAAUUAUUUGUAAAGCACUUUACAAAGUUAUUACUUACAAUCAAGUCAGAGGUUUUAGUGAAAAAGAAAAACCAAUGUGGGGAAACAUGUACACGGUUUUAUAUAAAGCAUACAUUUGUGCAUGCAUACAAAUUUUCAUUUAAACAGAUGCAAUCCCAAAACACAGUAUUAAUG